AUGUCCGGCAUUGAGGUUGCCGGCUUAGUUUUCGGCGUGGUGCCAAUCUUUUUCGAGAUCCUCAAAUCCUAUGGAUGGGCAGGUAAGAAAUUGGACACGUUCAAGAGACACCACGAUGUCGUUCGCGAGAUCCAGCUGGACUUUCGCCUCGAAGAGCGCGCAUUCCGCACUGAAUGUCACCUUUUGCUGGCCUCGGUGGUGGAUGACAAGGAGGAACUGCUGAGUGUGCUGCAACACCCGGACGACGGACCAUGGGACAGAGACGAUGUUAAGCGGGUGAACGAUGGUCUUCAGCGAUUGAUGGGAGACGAUUUCGCGAUUUGCGAGGAGAUUGUGGUCAAGAUCCGGGACUUGCUUCGCAGUACGACGGCAGAUCUGGCCCGUCUUGACAGGCUUUCGAACAGCGGCGGGACUAAUGAAUCAUCAUCGACGGCCAUCCAAGAUUUGCGCCACGCCUUCAAGGUGUCCACCAAGGAAAGCGGAUACAGGAAAACUCUCCAGAGCCUCAACCUUUGGAAUGCCAAAUUCCGAAGCCUUCGCAAGCAAAAGUGUGCAGUACAGAACCCGCGCCACUUUUCGUCAACGACCAUCACGGCGAGGCGAAUCCCGUCAGCCUAUUCAAAAAUUCGUGAAGCUUCGAACAUGCUCCAUUCGUCCCUUGAGGAUGCCUGGUCGUGCUCGAAUGCCUCUCAUGAAGCUCAUCAAGCCAAGCUUCUCCUUAACGCAGAGGCUGACUACGAAAGAGUUCGCCUCGAUAUGGCCAUCUCCUGCCGGCAGAAGGGCCCGAAAAUCAGCUCACCCAAAAUCGCCGUUCUUCCCCAGCUCGAGCGCCUCGUUCUCGCUCAUAAACUGGCCUCCACCAUACUACAAUACUACCUGACUCCAUGGCUUUCCGAGGAUUGGAAGCUUCGGGACAUCUCCUUCUUCGGCAAUGUUAACGAGCCCUCCCCAGACGACUUGGUGCAAGAUCUGCAAACUCUCCAUCUCACCACUCAAUUCCCACAGAAGAAUCCUGACCCAAGCGAUCCCCAGCCUGUUCAAAGCACGAAUUCAGCCCAGCAUUUGGACUCCAUUGUCACCAAACCAACGUACCGCUACAACUACGGCAUCCGCAACAUGACGCUGGCCAAGCUCGGCCUCGCGCUCCUGGAGAUCGGUCACAAGAAAGACAUCAGCAGCUUCAAGCAACUCGGCCCGCAGCAGCACGACGUGAUAAGCGCACGCAUCCUCGCCGAUGGCUCCUAUACGGACCUUGGCCCGCGUUAUCAUAGAAUCGCGCGGAAGUGCAUUGAUUGCAACUUCUCCGCUGAGGACGACCUGGACGCCGAGGGCCUACGAAAUGCUGUUUAUACCAACGUUGUCUGCGAGCUCGAACAGAUGAUCGGAGCGCAUAGAAAACUUCUCGAGUCGAUUCGGUGA